AUGGAAGCUGCGGCUCUUACUGAGGGCGAUGUUUAUUCGGUGCGAAGCGCAGUUUUCGAGUAAAUAAGGUAAACGUUUUACCCCCAAGAGAAAUGUUUUUAUAUAUAUAUAAAAGGUUAGAUACAGAGAUAAAUAACGUAUUAGUAAUUACUUUAGCCAAUCACAGCUGACGCAGAUAACUUAAAGAACCAAUCAGAACUAGGAUCAAAUACGUGUAAUUGGCACCAACAAGCGCGGUAGCAGGUGCUCAAGCAUUGCCUUGUCCCCAGUCGCUCGCGAUCACUGUUCCUUGCCAUCACUCCCUGCUCGUACUCUGCGCUCGUUCCCAUCAUCCCCCUCCCCGCGCUUCUCGCUUGUCUGCAAAGCCUUUGGAAAGCCCUUGGCGGAGGCAGGCUCAAGAAACGGACUCCUGGUUGGUUUAAAAAAUAUUGCGAACUUUUCUAGUCCUCUUUAAAAAAUGCUGAAGGUUGACAUUACGGACUCUGGCCACUCUGGUCGCUAUCGCUAUUUCGGAUAAUCGUGGUCCCGAGCAUGGACUCACGUUGUUCGUGUUUGCGAUUACAGGAAACAAAAAAAAGGGUUCUCGAAGGAUGGGAACGGAUAUAUAGCCUGCCUCGACUGCGUGGUGGGUGUAAAGAUCGUAUCCUGAAUUUCAGCUGUCUCCUCGGAUAGCAAGCCCUUGAGAGAGACGUCGUCUCUCUCGGGAAUUUGCGUUAACGGGGUCUAAUUUCGUCCCCAUUCUUCUCGCGGCUUUACAGCGAACUGGCGAAUCAGUAGCUCGUGAUGAAUCCUGCCAAAAAUAAAAUAAAAAUUUUUUUAAAAAAAUCCUGCCAGUAAUACGCAGGCUAAGCGAUGGCCUUUUUAAAAACAGUUAACAUUUAAAUACAUAAACUACAAGAACUCAUCACAGUCAAUUGCUUAUUUCAUGAUUAUGAAUAAAGACUUUUUUUUAAUCCUUUUUGUCUAGUUCCCGUCCAAAGAGUAUUGUUCUCGUCGAAUCGAGGAGGACCUCUCUCUAAUCAGCAACGGCACACGCCCAGCUCCCAAAUCAGUCCAAGAAAUCUCUGACUACAACAUUCUCAAAACAUUCUCCCAGCUCAACUGUGGACAAAUUUCAGCACUUUUUUCUCCACCGUCUGAACCAAGUGACGAGGAGCGGAAUUUUCCUUUGGCAUAUACCCUACAACUUUACAAAGGCGCAAGUUUGUUUGUAAAACAGCUACAGUUUAUUUAUAUGCCACAAAACGUUUAUUGUAUCAAUAUCGACACUACCUCUUCUCUAGUAUUUGUCCGCGCCAUACAACAAAUCGCAAGAUGUUUGCCAAAUGUUUUUGUUACAAAGAAGAGGAUAAAAGUUAUAUAUCUUCAUGUUUCUACAGUUCGAGCUCAGUUAAACUGUAUAGAGGACUUGCUCCAAAGCUCUGUCCGUUGGCGUUAUUUGUUUAAUUUAUGUGGCCAAGAUUUUCCCUUAUAUUCCAAUCAAGGUCUCGUGCAGGCGCUAAAAGCUUUGAAUGGGCGAACGAAUGCAGAAAGUUGCAAGCCAAAUAACUACACAAAUUUGCGUACACUCAACGUGUUUGAAGUAAAAUUAGUUCGAGGUAAAGAGGGCCAUGAUGCCUAUGAAUGGGCAAAUACAGGGAAGGUGAAAACCCCGCCCCCGCAAGGAAUUCAAAUCUACAAGGGGUCGUCUUUUAUUGCGGGAACCAGAAAGUUCUGCGAGUACGCUGUUUACGAUGAAACCGCCAAAGCUUUCCUAAACUGGUUAAAUGACACCAUUUUUGUCGAUGAAUCGUUUUUUACUACUCUGUUCCGUCACCCGGGCGUGCCGGGGGGAGUGCCCUGGCCGGAGCAACAGGAGUUCAUCACAAGGGGUGCGGUCAAUUGGUACUACCCAGAGAACAGAACUCCCUGCCAUGGUUAUUGGCUCCGUGGGUUAUGUGUGUUGAGUUUGGCAGAUUUGAGCUGGGUGUUUGGCUCUGAGCUUAAAAACAUGUUAUUUACGCAGAAGAUUGAUUUUAAUUAUGACCAAGAACUUGUCGAUUGUUGGUAUGUGAUGGCACAGAACAGAAAAACACAUCCAUACACUGCCAAAGGAAUAUCUUGGAGAAAACACAAAUGUAGUUAAGACUACGAUUGAAUGUAUUCAAAUCUAUAUACUACUACAUUAGAAAUUUGUGCAAUUUGAUUCGCUUAGAGCAGUGGUAUUUCAGCUUAAUUUGAAAUACCUACUUGUGAAAAUUACGAAACGUUUGCAGGUAGUAGUAUAAACAAAUAAUAGCGUGAUUUGUACGUGAUAUUUGGCAUGAAUACCACUCGUGACAUUUCAAAAUUGUCUCAUAUUUCACUCGCCUAACGGCUCGUGAAAAUACAUAUAACGUUUUCGAAAUAUCAUUCGUGGUAUUUAUGCUAAAUAUCCCUACAAAUCAUGCUACUACCUAUACUAAUGUUAAUCAGCAGUUCUUGUUAUACUUACGGAGGCGUGUGUGGCCGAGCGGUUAACAACUCGAACUCUGGAUCUGGAGGUAGAGGGUUAAAGCCUCGCCCGUCGCGUUGUUUGCUUAGACAACGAAUUUUAUACUCCACUUUGUCUCUCUUCAUCCAGGUGUAUAAAUUGGUACCGCCGACAUACUGCUAAGGGAAGGGGGGUAAUCCUGCGAUGGACUAGCAUCCCGUCCAGAGGGGGAGUAGCAAUAAUCCUAGGCAUGCUUCAUGCUAAGAAAACCGGGAUAAUGGACCUUUUUAUCUAUAAGGGGGCCACAUUGAAAUAAUUGGAUUUAAGGAGUUUUAUGGGAUGCCCAGGGGGCAUGAGCACGAUCUCAUAUACUUGCAUCAGUAUUUACGCGCGCUUUUCGGGACAAUUUUUCUUUAAGUUUUCCUAGAAAAAGAUUGUAAUGAGAAAAAAAGAUCGUUGUGCCGUCUUUGGAUGUAAUAACGAUCGCCUUUUCCGGAGAAAUAUACAUUGAAGUUCUCUUUUUGCCCGAAAAGCGCGCGUCAAUACUCAGCGAGUGCCCCUGGGCAUCCCAUAAUGUAAAUAUGGCCGCCGUAUCGGUAAAAGGUCUAUUAUAAGCUCCGGCCGGACUGUUUGAGCAUUUGGCUCGUGUGCGCCUUAAAUAGCUACCUUUGCCUCCUACUACACUCGGCGACCAGCAAUCCAUUCAUUUUCGGUGUUAUUUUAUCUGGCCCCAGUUGUUCUCAAGGUAGAUAUCGUUAUUCACCUGACAAAUCACUUUCCAGUAGAUACACUGGAUACUUAUCUACUGGAUAUCGAUGUAUCCGUUGGGCAAUAGCGCUAUCCAUCGUUUGAACAACUGGGGCUCGAUCAGUUUUCAUUUUAUUUAUUUAUUUAUUUAUUUAUCGGGGGCGUUGUAAUGGAAUGAAGGAGGGGUUGGCUUCAAAUUUGCGUGAGUAAAUCGAUGAUUGAACCUUCAUAAUGGUCAGAAGGGAAUUGUACAAAAUUACGCCCGAAAAUGAAUAACAUCCAAUGGAGGACCUAUUCCCAUAGCAACUUUUUAUAACAAUAAUGUAGCACUUACCAGCGCUAUACACUAGAUAAAUUUUUACCCAGUAAACAACGCAAUUGGUCCCCCGGGGGGGGGGGGGGGUACUUUAGGAAUUUCUUGGUGGGGAUGUGCCGCUGGGACCCUGGAACCCUUAACCUAUACCAGAGCUAGUUCAGCUGAAUUUUGCUACCCUAUACUAGAGUAAACUCCGCAAAUCCCCCCUAUCCUAGAGUAGCUGUUUUCCAGAAACGACUGAGGUUAUUAGCACAGUAGUCUAGCCAAAACAAAACCUUAUACCACAAUCCCUAGUCUAGAUAAAAUCUUCAACCAACUGAUCAGUUUUCUGAUUUAUAUACCCUAUCCUAGAGUAGACUGCUUGAAAACCAUACCCUUCGCAGUGGCACAUACCUAUAUAGCCCAUAUAUGGCAGUACCCACCCGAGAAUUGGUCUCCCCAACUGACUUAUUUAAUGGCUGCAGUAGCCAGCCUCGUACCCAGGCCAGUUCGCGCUAUCCGAGUUACCAGAGGAGGCUUGGAACCGAAAGCUUGACAGGUGACGUCACAUCCGAAAUCGCCGAGGACGACUGGGAACGAGGCUGGCGCUAUUUAACUUUCGAAGAACCAGUACGUCCAAGCACUUUUUUUAUAUUUGUCUUAAUGACUCUAAAUAUUUUAUCUUCAUGUUUUAGACGAUUUUUAUUAGUUUAUUCCGUUAUUGAAUGCCAGAAAUAUUUUAAUUGUAAAUAACAAACCAUUGGGUUUUAUCUAAUUGUGUUUGUUGUUGUUUUAGAGGAUCACAAGUUUAUCAGUGAUUUUAGUUACUGUUACGUGUCACCGUCGUUAAGUGAUAAUCUUUAACUUAGGGCCUGUUUACAUGGAGGUGGUGGAGCCCAGGUAGGCGAGGUAACCCGCUUAGGUGGGGUAAUCGCCUGUUGUUAUCAUCUCUCAUUUUAAUUUCAUCGUCGUUUAUAUGACAGGUGAGGUGGCUAUAUGAGAUUAUAUAGACAGGCGGGUUACCCCAACUAAGCGGGUUAUCCACCAACCUGGGGUCCCCCACCUCCAUGUAAACAUUACGAGCAUUGUCUUAAUGACUCUAAAUGUCUUAUCUUCAUGUUUUGGACUAUUUGUAUGAGUUUAUUCCGUUAUUGAAUGCUAGAAAUAUUUUAAUUGUAAAUAACAAACCAUUGGGUUUUAUCUAAUUGUAUUUGUUGUUGUUUUAGCCCAACUAAGCAGGUUAUCUCACCUACCUGGGGUCCCCCACCUCCAUGUAAAAAAAAGGCCCUUAGGGCCCUUAGAUUCAUUUGCAACAUACGCGUAUAGCUGUCGCGUUUGCCCGGUGAAAUUUUUUACUGUUGUGUUUAGGCUUAAAAAACCAGUGGGCAAAUGCGACAGCCAUACGUGUAUGCUGCGAAUGAAUCCACGCGUAGUUAUCCUAGUUUCGAAUCCAAAGCAACACUUGGCGAUAGGUCCUUCACUUGCACCGUUCCAUGGUUCUGAAAUGCUUUGCCAUUUGAUAUUAGGUGCCCCAAAGUCUGUUGAUGCUUUUAAACAUAGCUAAUAAAGUGGAAUGGUUAUGAAGCCCGACGGAAUUCUUUGUUAUAUGUUUUUGUCAUCUUUUUUCGACCUCGGACCGUGUACAACGUUCAAUAGCAUUCCUAUCAUUUUGAACUUCGAGUGACCAGUAGGGACGUCGCAUUAAUUUAUUCAGUCACAAUUUGUGACGAAAAACAAAGGAUUGUGCACGGUCAUCAGUUGAUGUUUGCCGGCUUUCAUUACCAGUCUCCUCUCCUAACUAUGUUUGAAAGUAAAGCUUAAAACACACUUAUUUAGUUCAGCAUUUUUAUCAUCAUAACUUAGUAUCUACCUUGUAGGGUUUGUAAUUUUGUAUUUCAGUAUGUAACAUUUCAAUAGUUUUAUCAUUGUAAUGUUGUAUAGUACAUUUUUAAAUUUAAACUACUAUUUUUAUUUAUUCAAUUUUUAGAUCUUAUUUUGUUAAUUGACUGAGACAUCAAGGCGUAGGCCGAAUCAGUAGUAGUCAGUAGUAGUCAAGGCAACGGCCGAAUCAGCACGAUAAAAAGUGGGUUUUACUUAAUCUAAUCUAAGUUUAUUACUUGAAAAGGACCUUAGUCCCUUAUCUUAGCAGAACUGAAACUGGGAGUCAAACGAACAAUUAUAGUGACCACUAUAAUUAGUGACCACUAUAUAUUAAAGCGCCCCACUCUAGGAGAGUCUGGGGUCUAUUAGGGUCUCAGAAAUGCAGUCUCCAGCGUUUUCCGCAGGACAUUUUUGGUAAAUAAAAACGGAGGAAAACUGACUGUUAUUAUUUUUUUUAUCAAGGUAAUAAAAUAUGGUUUAUAUGGUUAAUAUGGUUAACAUGGUUUAUAUGGGAAGGCGGGCUGGCUUUCUGAAAUAACAACCAGUCAAGAACUCGGUAAACGGGCUCGCCUGUUAUAUAAACACAACUUAAGGUAAGGUGUAGUGUUUCAAUACGGAAAAAAGGGUAAAACAGUACGCCAUCAAGGAGUUUACAAGCAAUGGGCGAGACAUGUACCCUUCAGACAGGCAAACUCUCUUACCACGCCAACUUUUUCAAUUAGUGUUUUUGUGCUUGUGCAGGGCAGAAUUGCAAGAGAGCUCAAUCUCUCGUCUCGCUUGGUGGUACUUCGUAAAGGAGCUUUCAGUCUCUUGAUUAUACUGGAGCAACGCUCAGUUGUGCAUGUUGAAAUAGGAUAAAUCAACAACUUUAUGAGAGCUACAUACACUCCGGGAUAAAAUUGGGGGUUGUCAUGGUCUAAAGUAUCAACCUAGAUCUGUGUCUUCACAUUCGGAUCCAUUUCACAGUGUUUCACUCCACUUAAUAAAAAGGAUAAUGGAAAGGCUAACACAAAGACACCAAUAUAGUGCGAAAAAUUUAUCAGUCAUCCUGAUUUAAUGAUGAAUAAAAAUACUUUCAGGAAAUGAUAAAAUAGAUUUUUUCCAGAUUUUAGCUGUACGCACGGCCGUAUGUACGUAUAUGGACGCUACGCUCCUGAAGACGCCAAGAUCGGCUUACUGAAAAUAAUACUGUCUCUAUUUUUACUCGGCAGUUCGCGCCUCGCCCGAAAUGCUUCGCUUUCCGAAUGCAUCGCCCUUUGGGCAACGUUCGUUCCCACCGAGCAUUAGAUAACAUUUUACCAGGUUUGUAAUAGGAUCGUGCGACGGUUUGAUCGGUCAAGUUGACUGGUUCAGCUCAUAUCUGUUGAAUGGGAGCCAGCAAGUCUCCAUCGAUGGGUCGCUUUCUAGACACUUCUCACUUGACUGUGGCGUACCUCAGGGUUCUUGUCUAGGACCCUUGCUGUUCGUCAUUAACACUUCCUCGCUGUUUAAGGUUAUCGAGCGUCACCUGCCGCAAGUUCACUGCUUCGCGGUCGACAUGCAGCUGUACCUCAGUUUCAGAGCAGGUGACGAUAACGCACAAGAUGUUGCGCUGCGUGCUAUGGAGGAGUGCAUACGUGACUCACGGAAAUGGCUGAUUGAUGGAAGGUUGCUACUAAAUGACGAUAAAACUGAAGUUCUCUUCAUCGAGAGCAGCUCAAUAAACUUGUCCCCUUGAGUCUGCAAGUUGGUGAUCAUAAUUAGAUUGUGAAAGGUUUGAACCCAGGAGUCAUUUCAAAAGUAGGUUGAGUUUGAUCGUCCGGGUGAACGUAGUCCUGAAUAGGACUGUUGUUGUUGACAGUGACUGACGUUUCGACAACCUGUGCGGUAGUCAUCUUCAGAGUCAAAGUGAGUUGUAUCACGUCAGUUGAUGGUAUUUGGGACUUUAAGAUCCAACGACGCGGACGACAGCGAAACGUCAAAAAAACAAUUGGUUUAAUUAGCAAAACAACAACUUCGCACGUGCAUCACACUUUUUUGUACAUUUCUUUCCCGUUUUUGCACGACUACGACGUUAAAAUGCCUAAUUUCGCGUUUUAUGGAGGACGUAAACAACCAACGACGAAAUUUUAUUUCUCUUUCUGAGCUUGAAUUUGGUCCCUUGAAAUUCAGCUUCAGGAGGGUUCGCCUACAAUGGACAAAGUAAGUGGGUAGGAAUAAUCGCUAUAAAGACUGAAAUAACCAAAUUCACUUUUUCAGCGACGUUCUUGUCGCUGUCGCGUCGUUGGGUCUUAAAGUCCCUAUCAUACUCUGGUUAUUGAUUUGAUUGGUCAAUUACGUCGUGAUGUUAUUGGUCGUCUGUCAGUUAAGCCGUGAUGUUAUUGGCUAUGAAGACUCGUAAUCAGUAAUUGGUGCGUUUCGAUCCGUCUAUUGAUCCUUCGUUAAAUGCUAGAAACUUGGGGGCCAUUAUUGACAAUUCACUAAGCAAGAACAAUCAUCUUCACCAAAUAUGUAAAGCUUGUUUCUAUCAUAUUCAUAAAAUCCGUCGAAUUUCAAAAUUUUUGUCAAAGGAAUGCCUUCAGACAUUAGUUCAUGCUUUUGUGACCUCAAGACUAGAUUACUGUAACAGUUUACUUUAUGGGCAGCCCAAAUAUCAGAUUUUUAAGCCACAGCGUGUCCAGAACACCACGGCAAGACUUAUUUCGAACACCAGGAAGUACGACCGUAUCUCUCCAGCUCUCUCUAAUCUUCAUUGGUUGACAUUGUUUUAUCGUAUCUAUUUUACAAUUUUCCACUUUGACUUUUAAAGCCAUUCAUGGCAUGUCACCUAGCUACAUCAGCGACUUAGUUAGCAUUAGGACCUUUUCUUUAAAUUUAUAAAGAUCGCAUCACUCAAUUUCUUUUGUAACAUCCUAAGGGGCCUAUGUUACCAACUUUAGGAGCUAGAUCGGUUUCCGCUGCCGCCCCUACUUUGUGGAACAGCCGUCCUGCGCAUAUUCGUGAUAUCGGAUCACUGUGCACUUUUAAGAGACAUGUCAAAACACAUCUUUUUCGAUUAACUUUUACGUAGUUUUAACAACUCAAAGGGUUUAAGGCCUGGGUCAAAGAUGUUUUCUGAGCAUUUGAAUAAUUAGCAGUAUCUCUCGCUAGGAGACCUAGAACAAAACGAACUUUCCCUUAAAAGUAAAUCUUGAGGUUUUCUUGUGCCUUGACGUUUAAUUAUGGUCACGAGACCAAAAAUUGAAAAUGAAGGAAAUUAGCGAAUUGGUGGCGAAUUUACUUUAUUUCGUUAAACAAAUGGUUUUUCUGAAAGAGGAUAAACAUACCCAACUUCUUUCUACGUUUGGAAUGAAUGUACUCAAAGUUUAAAAUUAAAGUUUUAAAUAAUUCAAGAUUAAAUUUGGGCAUUUAAAACGAUGUUUUUCUUCAUAAUUUAUUAUUGAAGUGCAAUGGACGGUCAUUCCAAAAGUGAAGUGUUAAAAAUGUUUAAUAUGAAUUAGAAAAAUGUUUCUUCCCGAGUUCUUUUCUUAAAUCGGCCACCAACUGGUUAAUGAUUUACGAUUUAUAACAAAAUAACAUACACGUGGCUUAUUAACACAAUAUUUAUACUUUAAAAUGUUAAGGACGAUGAGUUCUUUAAGUCUGCCAAAUUUUGAUUCAGCGCCAUCAUCUAUGUAAAAGUUAUAGCCAAUAACUCAUUUUACACAAGUAAACGCCUUAGUCCCAGGCCUUAACCCUUUAAGUCCCAAUAGUGACUAACGUCAAUUUUCUCCUAACAAUAUCCAUACAAUGUCAAGAGAUUAGGUUAUGAGAAGUAAUAAAAUGAUCACCUAAGGGAAAAUGCCCUGAUCUUUUAUCAAAUUCUCUCAACUCAUUCAUGAAGGAAAUGUAUGGAGAUCAGUUUGGAGAAUUUGUAUGUGGAUAUUGGGGCUUAAAGGGUUAAACUACUUGAGAAAAUUUUAUUUUCAUUAUCAUUUUAUUUUAUUUGUGUAUUUUUAUCGGCAUUUUUACCUUUUAUGGGUUUUAUCUAUCAUAGAUUCAUUUCAUAAAUUGUAAUUAGUAUGACUGAAAGGCGAUUUUGAUCAUUUUUUAUGUUAUAAGGUGCUAUAGUAAAUUUAUGAAUUGUUAUUAUCAUUAUUAUUAUUAUUGUAUUCAAUUGUGCAGUAAACAAAGGUGAAUCGCGCUAUCAACUGAAAAAAAUUGACUGCGAUCAAGGUCACAAAUAACUCCUUUGCUCCCUGUGUAUAAAUAAGCAGCGAGUACUUCGUAUAUUAAGAGCACAUACUCUCUAUCAUUAGUAAUGGUAAUAGGACUGAGUGGAGUCCAAUUCGGUCUGUAAUCAUACAAGUGAUUAACAAAAUCGAUUUGUUUAAUCACGAGUAUGAUUACAGACUGAACUCGACACGAAGUUCUGUUACCAAUUAAUCAUAACUUUAACAAAAUUUGUGAUAUAUAAGGCCCUUUUUUAAAAUCAAAACAGAAGAAAUUCCAAUUUUUUUAGAAUUUUGUUAUAGUUAUGAUUGAUUAUUAUUAUUAUUAUUAUUGUUAUUAUUAUUAUUAUUUGAAUAUUUUUUCCCUUAUCAAAAUAAAUCUUCUUUAACUGAAGUAUUUCAUUUAUUUUAUUGAUGAGUUUAGUCGUGUCAUGGUCUACAGGGAACGUGUAUCUGAGCUAGCGAUUUAAUUAACCCUUUAAGCCCCAGCCCCGGUAUCUGCAUACAAAUUCUCCAAACUGAUCUCUAUACAUUUCCUUACAGAAUGAGUUGAGAGAAUUUGAUAAAAGAUCAAAGCAUUUUCUCUUAGGUGAUCAUUUUAUUAAUUCUCAUAACCUAAUCUCUUGACAAUGUAUGGAUAUCGUUAGGAGAAAAUUGAUGUUGGUCAGGACUUGAAGGGAAUGAAUGAGGAAGAUUGUUCGUGAGGGACAUACCGUUCAAAGUCGAUGACACAUGUUUUAUCGAUACAAAGACUAAAGAAUAACUUCAGAAACCGAUAGGUUUCUGAUAGAACUUAAUUGCUUCGAUCGUUCAAAUGAGGCAAACAAAUAGCUUUGUACCAUGUGCCCCAAGUGAUGAUAAUUAUUUGAAAUCUAUUUAGAGUAAAUUAAUUAUAGGAACGCCGACAUCACCUCGACAUUUGAGAGCGUAAAACUGCUAAAAACAUCUCAAGAAGCACACUGUAUUUGACCUACUUCUACAUCAAAUAGGCCAAUAACCAUUAAAACGGCAGCCGAAGUCGUUUCUUGGUAAAAAUUUGGUGCCUUUCUAAAAAACUAUUUAAACGAUAUGUUUUUUAUGUUGCCUCGGCACGAGUUUUCGUCUGGUCGGGCCGUGCAUAUUCUUAACUCUUAACAAUUUAUACUAGCCCCGAAUGGAUCUGAAAGAUUUCAAUUCUAAAAGAGAAAUUGAUGGAAACCAUUAAAAAUGAAAACGUUUAAAUUGUGUGUAAUUAGGUAAGAAAAUGACUGCUGCACCAUUGACAGGCAAAUAAAUUAAACUGCAAUUCUUCUCUGCAUCUAAAACGUCCCACAUUUAUACAGAAACACUGAAUCGAGAUUAAUGUCGACAGAGAUUUAUAAGCUUUUCAUCAGUUAUUUUGCGACAUAAAAAUUCUGAAAAUGUGUUGGUUUGUUUUUAGGUGUGUGAAAAAAACAGAACCUUGAAGACCUUGAAGUGAGUAAUGAAAAUGGAUAGUUCGCCCAAAGUGUUACAUUUACAUUUACCAUAUUACAAGUAUUCCCUCUCUACAAGGCUUAUAUGCUCGGAUUCGGUCAGUUUUGUUAAGGUUCUUAAUGAUUCAGCUAACAGACCCCACUCUUAGAAACAUUUAAGACUUGGGGCUGUGGCUAGUGUGGCGGGCAAACUGUUCCACUGCUUUAUUGUUCUAGGUAAAACGCUGUAUUGAAGAAAGGUUUUCUUUUCGUAGGGCAUUGUAAAGGAUUUGGCGUGACAAUUUCUAAAGUGUCUCGUAAUUGGUAUAAGUUCUUUAGAAAGAUCAACUUCAACUAAGUUAUUUACAAUUUUGUAUAACAUAAUUGAUCUUUGGUAAGUGUUUACAAUAAAAUAAUGUUGGAAUAAACGGAUAGACCAACUGUGUUUGUUAAGAGUCAUGUGUGCCAACACCGGCAGUAACUGAAAAUGGAAAUAAACUAUGAUAGCGUAGUCAAAGAAACUUUAUUUCUCCUCCAAGGGCUACAAAUUAAAAAAUAACUUGAACUGAGCUGAAUGAAAUCUUACUGUCUGUUAAUUGUUCAACGUUGUGCUAAACUUACACAUUUUUCCUGUGCUGAACAAACACUGUAACGAGCCCUAUCUUGGUCCGCUAUAUACAAGCUAUGUAUAUAUUUAUCCUGAUAAAAAUCAUCGUUCAGUUUUUUGAGUGUAAAAUCCCUGAAAGAGUUCUCCUCACUGUAGCGAUAUCAAUAUGUAAAAAAGGUUUUCAAGGGUUUCACACCGGUGUGAAGCUAAGAUGUGCGGCCUGUCUCUCCUUGCAAAUUUUACGUUUUGAGUAUUUACAUUAUGACAUAUACCACUCGUUUUGUAUGCAAACGAAAAUUAAAGUAGCAUAACAGCAACUAAACUUAUCUCCAACAAAACGAGACUCAACGCUACUUAGAGCGUCAUUGUUUAUUUAGUAAAUUUAUAAAUUACUAUUAUUAUCAAGGGAAAAAUUUAACUGCAAUCAAGGUCACAAAUAACUCCUCUUCUCCCUGAGUAUAAAUUACCAUCGAGUAUUUCGCUAAUUAAGAUUAUAUACUCUGUAUUAUUAUUAUUGUUGUUAUUAAUAGUAGUAGUAGUAGUAGUAGUAGUAGUAGCUAGUAGUAGUAGUAGUAGUAGUAGUAGUAGUAGCUAGUAGUAGUAGUAAGUAGUAGUAGUAGUAGUAGUAGUAGUAGUAGUAGUAGUAGUAGUAGUAGUAGUAGUAGUAGUAGUAGUAGUAGUAGUAGUAGUAGUAUUUGAAUAUUUUUUUCUCUCGUCAAAAUAAAUCUUCUUUAACUAAACUAUUUUAUCUUUGAGUUUAGCCCUGUCAUGGUGUACAGGGAACGUAGCUCUGAGCAGCGACUUUUAACGGAUAUGUCCCUUAGGAACAAUUUUCCGCAUUAAUUUUUUAAAUUAAUUUAAUGAAAUCGCCAGCUGAAACAUGUUUUAUCGAUAUAAAGAAUAAAGCGGAAUAACUUCAGAAACUCAUAGGUUUCUGAUACAACUUAACUGCUUCGCUCGUUCAAAUGAGGCAAACAAAUAGGUUUGUACCAAGAGAGAAGGAGCCAAGAGAACGAGUCCCUGUGCCUCAAGUGAUCAUAAUUAUUUGAAAUCUAUUUAAAGUUAAUUUAAUUAGGAACGCCGAAAUCUCCGCGAGAUUUAAGAGCGUAAAACUGCUAACUGACAUCUCAAAAAGGACACUGUAUUUGACCUACUUCUACAUCAAAUAGACCAAUAUAACCAUUAAAAUAAUAACAUUUUAAAUUUUUUUAGAUUAAUUUAAUGAAAUCGCCAGCUGAAACAUGUUUUAUCGAUAUAAAGAAUAAAGCGGAAUAACUUCAGAAACUCAUAGGUUUCUGAUACAACUUAACUGCUUCGCUCGUUCAAAUGAGGCAAACAAAUAGGUUUGUACCAAGAGAGAAGGAGCCAAGAGACAAGUCCCUGUCCCUCAAGUGAUCAUAAUUAUUUGAAAUCUAUUUAAAGUUAAAUUAAUUAGGAACGCCGAAAUCUCCGCGAGAUUUAAGAGCGUAAAACUGCUAAAAACAUCUCAAGAAGGACACUGUAUUUGACCUACUUCUACAUCAAAUAGACCAAUAACCAUUAAAAAGGCAGCCAACGUCUUUUCUUGGUAAAAAUGUUGUACCUUAUCAAAAACUAUCAUUUAAACGAUAUGUUUUUUAUGCUGCCUCGGCACGAAGUUUCGUCUGAUCGGGCCGUGCAUAUUCUUAACUCUUAAUUCUUCUUAAAGAUAGAAUACUCAUCUAAACCGUCUCACAUUCAGGGACAUUAAAUCGAGAAUGUCGACAGAGAUUUAUAAACUUUUCAUUAGUUAUUUGGUGACACAAAAAUUCUGAAAAUGUGUUGGUUUGUUUUUAGGUGUGUAAAAAUAAUAUAACUUUGAAGACCUUGAAGUGAGUAAUUAAAAUAGAAAGUUUGCCCAAAGAGUUUACAAUAAAAUAAUAUUAGAAGACCUUGUGACUACAUGAAUGGUAAAAACUAGUUCGCGGCCCCUUCGCUUCUCUCGAAGGGGACACCAACGACCUCGGACGUCUGAGAAUCAGGCGAGGUUUUACGACAUGAUUAAACAAAUAACGAGGAGAUCAGGAAAUGAGGAGAAACGGCGAAAUGUAAUACGCUUUAGUUGUUUUAUUUCCUCAACCGUCGAAUUUUUUUGAAAUUAACUCCGCGUGCAACUAGUAACCAUAAGGCACUCAAAUUUGGGUUAGUCAGAACGGAAUCCUUUACUGUAAUCAUUCAAAAGAAAAAAACGCUUUCAAAAGUACUUUGGCAUGGUGUGAUGAUAAUCUGUUUGUGUUUAUGUUUUCGUCUUACAAAAUGAGAUUAGGCAAUUGUUCUUUGGGGUUACAGGCAACACUGCGAUGCCUGUUGAAAGUCACCUCCUGAAUUACUAAUCUGGUAUUAUGUUCUUGAUGUUUUUCAGGCUGACAUUGAGACCAAAAUCCUCGAAAUGGACCGAGAAAUUCAGGUGAGAGCAAAAAUUAGUGAAGCAGCAAAAUUUUACAGAACCGAGCUGGUCAGUCAUGCAUUUUAAAUCGCUCUGAGUCCACCGCCACACAAACAUUAGAUGAUAGACCUGUGAUCACCUGGGACCAGGUUGUACGGUGGGAGAAAAAGGCAAAAAACGGGCUGAAACACCAAAGCAAAAAAAAAUCGGCGAGCGAAGCGGUGAAAUGGGGAGGAGAAAAGGACAGCGCUACCCUUUCCCCUGCUUAGACUACCGCUCGCCUCGCUUCGCUCGCCGAUGUUUUUUCCUUUUUAAGUCAAUGCGGAUCCUUGUCCCAGGCUAGAAUGAGAGCAAUAACAACUGUCUUGAGUCGAACAGGCGACUAAAAAAAUCAGUCUAAAUUUUUUUUAAAAAAUGAAAACUUAACUAAAACUGUACUUUUAUUUCCAAAGAACUUGGCUCCUUAUGUCUUUUCCUUCCAUAAACAAUAAAACGGAGAGCGAGACUGGGGAGGACGUGUGAGGCUCUUGAGCUACGCUUGAAACCAAAAUUGAUAAAAAAAAAACCGACUGUUUUACAGUCUACCGUCGUCCCGAAUGGCUGCCCAUGCAUGUUCUGCGAGGAUUGGAUAAUCAAAGCCCAUGGAAACUUUUCUUUUUAUUCUGACAAUUGCAGGCCCUCAAAACCAGGUUAAAUGGCGCCCACAUGCAGUGUGAAGACCAGCUCACACCUUGGGCCGCAAAGUCCGAUGCGCCCAUCAUGUUUUUAGACCGACAAAACGUAGAGUGCGCAGGAGGAAAGUUCUUGGCCAGAUUUCACCUCACCAGGCAGGCUUUUGAUGACGACUCCUAUGUUGGCUACGAGUACCGCUGCUGCCAGUUCAUUCUGUAAGGGUGCGACCCAGAUUUGCCCAGUCAGCAGUUGUUAUAACUUUACGUAGUAACAAGUAAAAAUAUAAAACUGAAAUAAAAUCAUACAGCUCAGUUAAGUAUUUGGCUAUUUGAUGGUUAUCAACAGGAGCCAUAAUCGGGGUAGGAGACCUUAACUGGUUACCUUCUCCAGUGAUCGGGCUGGUUCCAACAAAAUAGCCAAAUGUGCUACUUUUAGCACAAAUUGACCCAUCUCGUUUGACACGCGCGCGCGUUUUUCAGCGAGGGCGCCGCGCAAAGGGUGAGCAAACAAAAUGGCGUUGGAAAUUACCCGGUAGGAGAUGAAUUAAUUCAUUUCUGUUAUCAUUCCCAAUUCCCAAUUUGAGGCAAGACCUUGGGGAUCACCUCUUUGUCAAUAACUCUGAAUAUGAGGACUGUGAAUGUAAUCCUGAUCAUAUUAAUCAUCUAAGUGAGAGUGUUUUUGACAAAUCCGGAUACGAAGAGAUGUCGGAGAUCCGUGUGCGAUGAAUAUCCUGUUCUGACAAAACACAAAAAAAAACUUGCAGGGAAGAGGAGGGCAGAAAGUUAACAACAACAACAAAUACCGUAUAUAUUCGAAUAAGCGCCCAACCUCGAAUUAGCGCCCAUCCUAAAGGCAGAAAAAGUCAGUAAGUGCCCAGCCUCGAUUAAGCAAAAGCCACUGAAUCAUAGUCAACAUUUACCGUCACCGUACAAACGACUUAUUGAAAGAAUCAAGCAAAAAAUAACUGCGAGAGAACAACUGGACAACUAACAAUUUGACUAAUAAUAAACGGCCGUUUAACUGUGACGGAUCGAAACGCACCAAUGACAUUAUGAGUCUUCAUAACCAAUAACAUAACGGCUUAACUGACAGACGACCAAUAAAAUCGCGACUUAAUUGACCAAUCAGGUCAAUAACGAGAGUUUAAUACCAUCAACUGACGUGAUACAACUCACUUUGACUCUGAAGAUGACUACCGCACAUGUUGUCGAAACGUCAGUCACUGUCAGCGACAACGGUCCUAUUCAGAACUAUGUUCACCCGGACGAUCAUACUCAACCUACUUAUGAAAAGUAUUAAAAUUACAGUUCAGAAAUUUCCUAGUCGUUCUUGGAAAUUCAAGAGGUGUUAAGCUUCUUGUCGAAAAUAAUUCGUUAAACUUUCAUAUAUUCACCGAUGACGUGUUCGCAAAACUGAUCGAGCGUCCUUAUUAAAAAUACACUACGAGGUCAAAAGUAGAACUACACAACAGAUGUUUACCCAGCAAGCACCUAGAAAAAUAAGAGAUAUCUUGCUCUUGUAAUUGAAAUAUACAGUCGAACCUCCCGUAAGCGACCACCCAAAAUGCAACGCUUGGUGGUCGCUUACGGUAGGCAGUCUCUUACGAGAGUCGGACUGCAAAGGCGAAAUUUUUAUAUCGACCUAGAAUAGAGUGGUAUAUUUAUUCUAAAAAAAAUAAUGAAAAUUUACUUUUCCCUGCCAACGAAUUACUGGUAGUUUUAUUCACAAAAUCAUUACCUAUUCUUUGUGACAGUUUAUUUACGAAGUGCACUUAAUUCAGGAUAACGCGCGUUAUAAAUUUGUGGUUAAAAAAUUUUACUUGUGUACCUGACUUCUUGUACAGAAAUGUCCUUAAGACGUCUGACGAACAAAAACUUAACUUCUUAAACUGAAACCUGGAAAUCUGAGUCUUUUUCACAAGGGUAAUAGUUGAUGCCAAAGAAUAAAUUCCUUUUUGUCCAUUUUUACAAUGUACUUCACUGUUUAGUAAGACCGUGUGUCAAGUGGUCGCUUACCGUAGGUUGAAAACAAUAGAAAAUUCUAAAACUGUCAGCCGAAAAAGUGGUCGCCGUCGCUUACGGGAGGUGGUCGUUUACGAGAGGUUCUUUUCUUAAACCGGCCACCAAUUGGUCAUUUACGAUUUAUAAGAAAAUGGUCACGUGACAUAUCAGUUGACUUAUUUACAAAAUAUUCAUACUUAAAAAUGUUAUAAUAAUAAUGAUAAUAAUAAUAAUACACUAUAUUUAAAGAGGGUAGCACUUAAUAGUUACAGAAACUAGUAAACUUGUGGCCCUCUAUCUAAAUUAAAAUUACAAAAAGCGUAAGAUUCAGAAUGUACAAAGUCUAAGUACAAAAUAAAUAAAACUAAGGAAAUAUAAAAGUUCUACAUCAAUAUGACUGAGCAUAAGAGCUAAUGAUAUGGCUAGUGAAAUACAUACAAGAAUAUGAUUAAACUAUGAAAUGGUGUAAUUCCUGCUGCUCUUUAAAUAAGAUAUUUCGAAAAUUAUUCUUAAAGGAUUCUAGUGAUACUGCAUUUCUAAGGUCUAGACUUAAGCUGUUCCAGAGUUGGCAAGUAGAAACUGCGAACGACCUACCGCCUUCGGUGACCCGAUUAAAUUUUGGGCAAAUAAAAUUUAUAUUACUAUAUCUAGUUACACGACUAUGUUGCUGACUGUUGAGUCUUAAGGAGUCUUCAAUAUAUAAGGGCGAUGAGUUCUUUAUGUGUGUCAAAUUUUGAUUCAGCACCAUCAUCUAUGUCAAAGUUAUAGCCAAUGACUCAUUUUACACAAGUAAACGCCUUAGUCCCAGGCCUUAAAAAAUUGAGAAGAUUUUAUUUUCAUUUUAUUUUAUUAUGUAUUUUUAUCGGCAGUUUUACUUUUUAUGGGUUUUACCUAUCAUAGAUUCAUUUCAUAAAUUGUAACUAGUAUGUUAAAAAGCACUAUAGUAAAUGUAUAAAUUAUUAUUAUUAUUAUUAUUAUUAUUAUUAUAUUUAAUUGUGCAGUAAACAAAGGUGAAUCGCGCUAUCAACUGAAAAAAAUGAACUGCAAUCAAGGUCACAACAAACAACUCCUUUGCUCCCUGUGUAUAAAUUAGCAGCGAGUAUUUCGUAUAUUAAGAGUACAUACUGUCUAUUAUUGCUUUCGAGGUACGAGAACGCAAGCCCUAAUUUGUGUUGGGUGUUCUGUGUAUUAUUGGGUGUCCUGUGCAAUUAAUAAAGGAGGUUUUUUGAGAUUGUAUUUUCGUCGUCGACACACAUUUGCCUUGCUUUGAGGCGCUUGCUUACGUUUUGCCUCACUUUGACGCGCUAACUCUCGUGGCCCGGUCUCGUGGUGAUUCUAGCGUCCUCGGCGUUCAUCUUUCAAAGGUUUGCUGAGGUCUGAUAUUCUGUCUUCGUAAAGCGUUCACCUUUUAAAAAGUUUGCUGAAUCUUCGUAAAGCGUACAUCGAUCUGUGUUUGCUGAUCGUCCAAAGCGUUCAUCUUUCAGACGUUUGCUGUUAAAUUUUACGUUGGAUUAAGCCAUCAUAUUUUUCAGCAUGGUUCAUCACUGUGUUUGGAAAAUGUCUGCGACUUCUGUUGCAUGCAUCAAACCGGGUUUAGUUCGGCGGCCGUUGUGUCACAAAGUAAUUGACCUAGUUGUGUAGCUCGGCGGCCGUUGUGUCACAAAGUAAAUCUACCGAGUUGUGUAGCUCGGCAGCCGUUGUGCCAAAAAGUAACUCUACCGAGAUGUGAAGCUCGGCGGCGCUGUUUGAUCAUGACUUGUGAUAUUUCGGCACCGGACAAACGAACACUUUAACUCUAUGUUAUUUAUUAGGAAAAAGUUAUAAACCACUCUCGAGUCACUGAAAUCAACAAGCUCGACCAAAUUACUGGAAAAGUUAUUGACGUGAGCCGCAUACACAUUCCACUGAAGGCUUUCACAGGGUUAGUGCGAAGUUUGAAUUCAGAUGUGAAAGCUUUUAAAACAGUAAAUUCAAUGAAAUUCAUUUUGUCAACAAGUUGAUGAUUGGAUGCUCUUAGAAAUAACAGAGAAAAUUAUCCGAAGAAAUGUUUUUGAAGAAAGAAAAAGAAUCCCGGGUUAAGCACUAAUCGGCCUUAGCAACUGCGCCCUGUAACUCACGCCAGUAAAACAAAAUGUUCUAUUUACACGCCCGGCGACGCACUCCGACCAAUGUCUCCUCCGAUACUCGAUAACAAGCACUUGACACCGAACCAUACGAUAUCUUUUCAAAACCUUCUUAUAACGUGAUACACAAUUUAAAUAGAGGUUUUGCUGUACGCAACCCUUACGUUCAAAAUAUACCAUAAUGCAUGAUCAUAUUUAUCUAUAUCGCAACCACCCUUCCUCUUCAACUGCUACCUGUAGGCCUAACAAACAUAUCGAACGCACUCUCCCACGCUCCGAUUACUCCUAGUUAGUAAUGGUAACAGCCGGACUGAGUGGAGUCCAAUUCGGUCUGUAAUCAUACGAGUGAUUAACAAAAUCGAUUUGUUUAAUCACGAGUAUGAUUACAGACUGAACUGGACGACACGAAGUUUUGUUACCAAUUAAUCAUAACUUUAACAAAAUUUGUGAUAUAUAAGGCCCUUUUUUAAAAUCAAAACAGAAGAAAUUCCAAUUUUUUUAGAAUUUUGUUAUAGUUAUGAUUGAUUAUUAUUAUUAUCACCCUUUAAGCCCCAGUAUCUGCAUACAAAUUCUCCAAACUGAUCUCUAUACAUUUCCUUAGAGAAUGUGUUGAGAGAAUUUAAUAAAAGAUCAAAGAGUUUUCUCUUAGAUGAUCAUUUUAUUAAUUCUCAUAACCUAAUCUCUUGACAAUGUAUGGAUAUCGUUAGGAGAAAAUUGAUGUUGGUCACUGUUCGUGAGGGACAUACCGUUGAAAGUCGCUGACACAUGUUUUAUCGAUGCAAAGACUAAAGAAUAACUUCAGAAACUGAUAGGUGUCUGAUACAAGUUAACUGCUUCGCUCGUUCAAAUGAAGCAAACAAAUAGGUUUGUACCAUGUGCCCCAAGUGAUGAUAAUUAUUUGAAAUCUAUUUAAAGUUAAAUUAAUUAGGAACGCCGAAAUCACCACGAGAUUUAACGGCGUAAAACUGCUAAAAACAUCUCAAGAAGCCCACUGUAUUUGACCUACUUCUACAUUAAAUAGGCCAAUAACCAUUAAAAAGGCUGUGAGCCGAGGUCGUUUCUUGCCUCGGCACGAAUUUUCGUCUGGUCGGACCGUGCAUAUUCUUCACUCUUAACAAUUUAUACUAGCCCCGAAGGGACCUGAAAGAUUUCAAUUGUAAAAGAGAAAUUGAUGGAAAUCAUUAUAAAUGAAAACGUUUAAAUUGUGUGUAAUUAAGUAAGGAAACGACUGCUGCACCAUUGACAUGCAAAUAAAUUAGGCUGCAAUUCUUCUCAAAGAUGAAAUACUCAUCUAAACCGUCCCACAUUCAUACAAGAAAAUUGAAUCGAGAAUGUCGACAGCGAUUUAUAAAUUUUUUAUCAGUUGUUUGCUGACAUAAAAAUUCUGAAAAUGUGUUGGUUUGUUUUUAGGUGUGUGAAAAUAACAUAACCUUGAAGACCUUGAAGUGAGUAAUUAAAAUCAUGUAAAAUAGAAAGUUUGCCCAAAGUGUUUACAAUAAAAUAAUAUUAGAAUGAACGGAUAGACCAACUGUGUUUGUUAAGAGUCUAGUGUGCCAAUACGGUAAUUGGAAAUGUAGUAGUAGUAGUAGUAGUAGAUUGUUUUUUCUCUCGUCAAAAUAAAUCUUCUCUAACUGAACUAUUUUAUCUUUGAGUUUAGCCGUGUCAUGGUGUACAGGGAACGUGUAUCUGAGCUAGCGAUUUAAUUAACCCUUCAAGCCCCAAUAUCCACAUACAAAUUCUCCAAACUGAUCCCUAUACAUUUCCUUAAAGAAUGAGUUGAGAGAAUCUGAUAAAAGAUCAAAGCAUUUUCUCUUAGGUGAUCAUUUUAUUAAUUCUCAUAACCUAAUCUCUUGACAAUGUAUGGAUAUCGUUAGGAGAAAAUUGAUGUUGGUCACUGUUAGGACUUGAAGGGAAUGAAUGCGGAAAAUUGUUCGUGAGGGACAUACCGUUGAAAGUCGCUGACACAUGUUUUAUCGAUACAAAGACUAAAGAAUAACUUCAGAAACUGAUAGGUUUCUGAUACAACUUAACUGCUUCGCUCGUUCAAAUGAACCAAACAAAUAGGUUUGUACCAUGUGCCCCAAGUGAUGAUAAUUAUUUGAAAUCUAUUAAAAGUUGAAUUAAUUAGGAACGCCGAAAUCACCACGAGAUUUAACGGCGUAAAACUGCUAAAAACAUCUGAAGAAGCACACUGUAUUUGACCUACUUCUACAUUAAAUAGGCCAAUAACCAUUAGAAAGGCAGCCGAGCUCGUUUCUUGGUAAAAAUUUGGUACCUUAUAAAAAACUAUCAUUUAAACGAUAUGUUUUUUGUGUUGCCUCGGCACGAAUUUUCGUCUGGUCGGGCCGUGCAUAUUCUUAACUCUUAACAAUUUAUACUAACCCCGAAUGGAUCUGAAAGAUUUCAAUUGUAAAAGAGAAAUUGAUGGAAAUCGUUAUAAAUGAAAACGUUUAAAUUGUGUGUAAUUAAGCAAGAAAAUGACUGCUGCACCAUUGACAUGCAAAUAAAUUAGGCUGCAAUUCUUCUCAAAGAUGGAAUACUCAUCUAAACCGUCCCACGUUCAUACAGGAACAUUGAAUCGAGAAUGUCGACGGGAUUUAUAAACUUUUCAUCAGUUAUCUGUUGACAUAAAAAUUCUGAAAAUGUGUUGGUUUCUUUUUAGGUGUGUUAAAAUAACAUAACCUUGAAGACCUUGAAGUGAGUAAUUAAAAUAGAAAGUUUGCCCAAAGAGUUUGCAAUAAAAAAAUAUUAGAAUGAACGGAUAGACCAACUGUGUUUGUUAAGAGUCUAGUGUGCCAACACGGUAAUUGGAAAUGGAAAUAACAUACGAUAGCAUAAUUAAAGAAACUUUAUUUCUCUUUCAAGGGCAACGAAUUAAAAAAUAACUUGAACUGAGCUGAAUGAAAUCUUAGGAAAAAACAGUUUUCGUGUUAAGUGAAAAGAAACACACAGCAACUGCUUUUAUUAUAUAAACUUAUAGUGUUUUAUAGGGAUUUUGGCCACUGAGAAAUGUCGGACCAGGGCAUGUGUUCUGAAAGCUACAUUCAGCCAAUCAACGGUUGCUAUGUCAUUUGAAAUUUUCGCGGCAAACGUAGUUUUUUCAUCGCCGCUUUGACAUUUAUGAUCCAAAGCUACAUAUCAUCUCAGAAAAUAGUUUAAAUAAUUCAUUUUAUAGUUUACUUUUUUGAUAUUGACUUUUUUUGAAGAUAGUAAAUUUCAUAUCUCCUCGUGCCAUGUAUUAUGUAUCAUAAUUACAACUUAUGUGCUUUGUAAUAAAAAUUAGCUAUUAUAGGUUUAUUAAAUACAUCUCGGAUGAUGAUGCUGAUUUUUAGUACUCAGUAAGCAAUAAGGCAAUGGCCAAAUCUUUCGUGCUUUCUGUUAUUCUGUAUGGGGGUGAUAACAAAACGUUUUGCACGGAACGUUUUUAUUUCGUGCACCAGACAAGAUGACUCCUCUUCUCAUUAUUAUUAUUUACACAGAAUAUUUUGUCAGCACGUAAGCUCUCGUUUCUUUGUCGGUAAAGACGGCAGGAUACUUAAAUUAUCUGACAAAAGAUUUGAAAUUUGGGGACGAUUUGAAUUUGUAACAGUGUUAUCCUGCCUCUCGUUGGGGAAAAUACAGUCCUACAGUUGAUCGGGAAACCAAUCGCGUGCCGUAGUUUCCAACCAGCCAAUCAACGAUUAGCACUUUUAGCCACGUCCAUCAUACUGAAUAAAACACAUUCAUAAGUGGAGAUAUCGCACACUGUAUCAGUUCUAUACAGCAACACGACAGCAGAAGACUUGGCCUUGAGUACCUCUGUUUGAGGUAAGGUAUUCCAAUUUGUUCUCUCUUUUAACUCUCAUACUUGGAUAAAAACUGCGUUUCAUUGACUAUAAAGUUUUCAACAUAAACGCAGUACACAAUUUGCCUUUCUUCAUUUACUAUUCUCCAGUUUUUGUUUUGAUUAAACAAGUUAAAACUUGAGAAAAUUAUAGUGUACAUAAACCACAAAGGAUGAAAACGCAUUUCAAGCUGAGAUGAAAUAGAUGUCGCAAGCAGUCAACUUAUUUAACUCCUGAUCUUCACUUGUUUGGACUUAACUAAAGAAGUAAAAUUUCUCUAUUAUGUCUGACAAUUUUACAUCUACUUUUUACUAAACUGCUUUUAAAUUAUUUUCAUUUUUGCAGUAUAUUUUCAACCUUUGAACGAACGUAACCUGGAUAGUAAUGAUGUUUCGCUUGUCUGCGAUAGCCUUGUUGGUUUUCUUUGCCAGUACUUUCGGGCCAUCACAGGUUGGUAACGCGGUCAGAGUUACUGCUAUUGAAAAGGAGCUGUUAUUAAGAUUUCUCUCGCUCAUGCAAAGUGUACGGUGCUCGGAGUAUUUUAUGCCUUAUUCCCACUUCGAGUGGAUUUCUACUGUCGUGUAAUUUUUUUCGUGUGUGCGCACGUACUGAGGCAAUGUAUGAAAAGUGUCGUUAAGCGACGUGCGACCUAUCAUACAUCAGGGGCACCCAACGACGGUUCCUCCUAAAUACAUUGAAUAAACGUUUUACGCUAUCCAGAGUAACUUUAGAUCACUAGAAAUGCAUUCUAAGCGGCGCUAUAAAAUUUGUAUCUGCUCGGUCAUCCUAGGGGAACUUGAAUCUUUUCGAAAUUACGAGAGCUUCAGUAUUAUUUUCCGGAAAAUUUUAGAUGCAGUUUAUCUCAUUACGAAACUGAGAAUUUUGCUAAUUCUCCUCUCCAUCACACUUUUGAAUCCGAAAAUGUUAGGUUUCCUUUUUUCUGCGAAAAAUAACCUAACCUGAAGAAUCAAAUGUGGAAAAAAAAAACUUUAGAAAAUCGUAGGGAAAAUUGUACACGGAUGGAACGGUCAUCUAGAAAUUUUUAGCCGUCCUCAAGUGACAGAAAAUUCUAGGCAUCAUCUGCUUCUCUGAACAGAUAUUUUACAGAAAACAGUCGUUGGGUGCCCCUGAUACAUUAGGAAGCUUAAGCAACAACGACGGGGACUGCGAUACGAAAACGUCAUUUAACAAUUGAAUUUGUGCUAAUUCAAACACAACUACUCCAACUUAAUCGCCCUUAUUCCAUCUAAUCUCGUUCAAUUCGUCAAAUGUUGGCAGUUUUUUCUGGAGUUUAAUUCAAAAGGACUGUAUCGAAAUUUAAGAAAAGAAAAAAAAAGUCGUUGUCUUGUGUCCACGUCCUUAAAAAACGUGAAACUCAGGACGUUUCGCGUCGUAGUCGUGCAGUGACGGGAAAAAAAGGAGAAAAAAACGGGAUGCGCGUGCAAACGGUUUUUUUGCUAAUCUAAACCUAUUGCUUUUAUUUUUUGCUGUUCUCGUUGCCGUCGUCAUCAUCGUUGCUUGGCUCCCUACUGGCUCCAUUUUAUUUACGCGCGAAAAUUUUACGACAGUGGAAAUCCACCUAAAGGCUAAUAUUCGCUUAGAGUACUGUACAAAUGAUCUCUCGUUUUCCUCAGGGAUAGUUAUGCAAGCGAAAUUUGCAAAUCGCACCUUCGCACCUUAGUUUCUUCGCAUCAAAAAUCGUGGCAAAAUUUGGGCAAAAAAUCGCCUGUAUGAACAGUCCUAAUAACAUUCGCUUUUCUCGAUAACAAAAAAUCGCCAAAAAUUACUACUUGCGCGCUAAAACUGACAUAGUGCCUGAAAUAAGUACUAUUUUAUAUCAGUAUAAAUCGACACAAAUUUUCGAGUUUCUGUAAGUAACAGACUUGCCGGCAAUAAUUUUAAGUUAAAAGAGGUGAUGUCUUUUUUUAAUAAUGCCGUAACAAGAGCGGAACUGUUGAUAUUUCUCUCGGCAAAUAGCAAACUGUAGUGUUCUUCUAGCCAAACAACCGGAUUAAUUACGGGUUUAGUUCCAAUUACGGCUACAAGCUGUCGAUUGUGAAAAACACUUCUUCUUGAUCUUAAGAAGAACUUUUGACUACACGCAUGGUAAAAUCUCCAAUUGCAAUGAUCAAUCUGAUAAAGGCGAAAUGCUCGCAAGCCGCAUUAACACCAGCGCUAUGAACUCAGUCGUCUUGCAUUAAGCUGAGUUUUACGGCAUCAUGAAAGAAACGACGAGGAGAUAAAGAAAUGAUGGGAAAUGCCCGGGGGUAGCCUCCCACGCAGGCGUUUUUAGGGGAGCUCCCCUAAAAACGCCUGCGUGGGAGGCUACCCGAGGGGGGAGGGAGGGGGGUUGUACUCCGGAUUUCAAGUGACGGGGAUGAUCGAAGAAUAUUUUUGGCUUUGAAAUCUGCAAUUCUGGGAUUCUUUUGAGUAGGGAAAUUUGGUAUUGUAUUGGGUGGUUUGAUUUAAGUAGGGAUUUUUUGGAGUAUUCAAAACAAUCUCAAGAUUUGUCGUGGCUAAUUUUUGGACCAGGGUUUUUUGGGGGUUCUGAUUUUUGCCGCUAUUCUAUCAUCACCGUCACUUGAUAUCCGCAGUACUCUACCUGGCGAGAAAUGUUAUUCGCUUUAGCAUAUCCUCAACUGUCGAAUUUCACUUAAAAUUAAGUUCGCGUGUAACUAGCUAUUAAGAAAAAAGCACACAAAUUUGGGUUAGUCAGGACGGAAUCCUUUACUGCAAUCAUUCAAAAGAAAAAAAACGCUUUCAAAAGUACUUUGGCAUAGUGUUAUGAUAAUCUGUUUUUCAGUUUAUGUUUUUGUCUUUCAAGAUGAGAUCAGGCCCUUGUUCUUUGGUGUUACAGGCAACACUACGAGACCUACGAUGCCUGUUCAAGUAAUCUACUGAAUUACUAAACUGGUAUGUACAUUCUUGAUGUUUUUCAGGCUGACAUUGAGACCAAAAUAAUGGACAUGGACCGAAAACUCACGGUGAGAAGAAAAUUAGGGAAGCAGCGAAAUUUUACAGAACCGAGUCAGUCAUGCAUUUUAAUCGCACAGAGUCCACCGCCACACAAACAUAAGAUGAUAGACCUGUGAUCACGAGUGAGAGUAGCUUGGGACCAGGCUCUUCGGUGGGGGAAAAACGCAAAAAACGGGCUGAAAUACACGAGCAAAAAAAAUUCGGCCAGCGAAGCGGUGGACUGGGGAGAGGGAAAGGGCAGCGUCACCCUUUCCCUUCCCUAGACUACCGCUCGACUCGCUUCGCUCGCCGAUUUUUUUUCUUCAUUUUCCGUCAAUGCGGAAGCUGGUCCCUGGCUAGAGUGGGAGCAAUUAACAACUGUCUUGAGUCGAACGGGCGACUAAAACAAUCAGUCUAGUAGAAAAGAAAAGAAAAUGUUUCGCAAAAAUGAAAACUUAACUAAAACUAAACGUUUAUCCCCAAACAACUUGGCUCCUUAGGUCUUUUUCCCUCCCUAAACAAUAAAACGGAGAGCGAGACUGGGGAGAGCGUUUGAGGCUCUUGAGCUACGCUUGAAACCAAAAUUGAGAAAAAAACAGACUGUUUUACAGUCUACUGUCGUCCCGACUGGCUGCCCCAUGCAUGGUCUGCCAGGAUGGGAUGAUCAAAGCCCAUUAAAACUUUUCUUUUUACUCUGACAAAUGCAGGCCCUCGAAAACAGGUUGAAUGGUGCCCACCUGCAGUGUGACGACGUGGCUACAGGCUGGGACCAAUACGCCCAUGGGCCAAUCGUGUUUUUAGACCGACAAGACGUAAAGUGCCCAGAGGGGAAGUUCUUGGCUAGAUUUCAUCUCGUGAGGCAGCGUGGGGAUCCAAAUUCCCCUGUUCGCUUCGAUUACCGUUGCUGCAAGCUCA